GGAAUAAAUAAUAAAAAUAAAAUAUAGAAAAAAUGGGGAGAGGAAAAAUAGAGAUAAAAAAGAUUGAGAAUAUCAACAGCCGGCAAGUGACGUUCUCGAAAAGGCGCAGCGGAUUGAUAAAGAAAGCAAAAGAGUUGGCCGUACUGUGUGAGGCUCAGGUGGCCGUCAUAAUCUUUUCCGGCACCGGAAAACUCUACCAGUUUGCCAGCUCACGGAUGGAGCAAAUAUUGGCAAGGUACAGUAACAGUAACAAUCCUGAACUUGUUCCAGUUGAGCAGGCACAAUUUCAAAAGAAUGAAUCGGCUGAGAUAAAUGACCUCAAGGAUGAAAUCGAAAGACUCAAAUCGAUGCAACGCUGGAUGUUGGGCAAGGAGCUUGAAGGGCUAAAUUACAAUGAACUGCACAACUUAGAGCAACAGCUUGCUGAAGGGAUUAUUUCAGUUAAGGACAAGAAAGAGAAAGUUCUCUUGGAGCAGCUGGAGAAAUCAAAACUAAAGGAAAAGAGAGUUGUGCAGCAAAAUGAUACCCUUCUGGUAAAGAUUGAAGAGCUUCGAUACCAAGCGCGGCUGAGCAGUAAUAACGAAAAUGAUACCUCUUUGCGUUUAGGAAUUUCUCCAGUCGAUUUUUUCGGGAAGGCGAAAGUAGCCAAAACCGAGCCCGUGGAUGACCGGAAAACCACCAUGACGUUGGGUUGAUUGAUGGUUGUGCGUGCAGAUAUUCGACUACUUAAAUUUUUUGAUGAAUUUGCUGCAUUUUCCUCUCUUUCAUGGUGUAAAUGCGAUAGAUUUUUUUUAAUCAUGAAUUUUGAUGGGACUUGAUGAUCAUCCGAGCUCAUAACUAAUUGUUUUAUUAAUUUUGGUUAUUUGGGUACCUCAUUUCCUAGAGACCAAGACUUUGUACCAUUAUUACAUUCGAUAUGCGGAUUUAGCUUAUUUAUUUGUUACCUCAGAUAAUUUCAUGACCACCUAAAUUGCUA